CGCAGCUCAGGCAGCCCGCGGCGGCGGCGGCGGCAGCAGCGAGCAGCAGCAGCAGGCGGGCUCCGGCGCGCCGCACACGCCACAGACCCCGGGCCAGCCGGGAGCGCCCGCCACCCCCGGCACGGCGGGGGACAAGGGCCAGGGCCCGCCCGGCUCGGGCCAGAGCCAGCAGCACAUCGAGUGCGUGGUGUGCGGGGACAAGUCCAGCGGCAAGCACUAUGGCCAAUUCACCUGCGAGGGCUGCAAAAGUUUCUUCAAGAGGAGCGUCCGCAGGAACUUAACUUACACAUGCCGUGCCAACAGGAACUGUCCCAUCGACCAGCACCACCGCAACCAGUGCCAAUACUGCCGCCUCAAGAAGUGCCUCAAAGUGGGCAUGAGGCGGGAAGCGGUUCAGCGAGGAAGAAUGCCUCCAACCCAGCCCAAUCCAGGCCAGUACGCACUCACCAACGGGGACCCCCUCAAUGGCCACUGCUACCUGUCCGGCUACAUCUCGCUGCUGCUGCGCGCAGAGCCCUACCCCACGUCGCGCUAUGGCAGCCAGUGCAUGCAGCCCAACAACAUCAUGGGCAUCGAGAACAUCUGCGAGCUGGCUGCGCGCCUGCUCUUCAGCGCCGUCGAGUGGGCCCGCAACAUCCCCUUCUUCCCGGAUCUGCAGAUCACCGACCAGGUGUCCCUGCUACGCCUCACCUGGAGCGAGCUGUUCGUGCUCAACGCUGCCCAGUGCUCCAUGCCCCUGCACGUGGCGCCGCUGCUGGCAGCCGCCGGCCUGCACGCCUCUCCCAUGUCAGCGGACCGCGUCGUGGCCUUCAUGGACCACAUCCGCAUCUUUCAGGAACAGGUGGAGAAGCUCAAGGCGCUGCACGUCGACUCUGCGGAGUACAGCUGCCUCAAAGCCAUCGUGCUGUUCACGUCAGAUGCCUGCGGCCUGUCAGAUGCUGCCCACAUCGAGAGCCUGCAGGAGAAAUCGCAGUGUGCCCUGGAGGAAUAUGUGAGGAGCCAGUACCCCAACCAACCCAGCCGCUUUGGCAAAUUGCUGCUGCGAUUGCCCUCCCUGCGUACAGUGUCCUCCUCUGUCAUCGAGCAGCUCUUCUUCGUCCGUUUGGUAGGUAAAACCCCAAUUGAAACUCUCAUCCGAGAUAUGUUACUGUCUGGGAGCAGCUUCAACUGGCCUUACAUGUCCAUCCAAUGCUCCUAGACCUUGGGCACUUCCCACCUCCCCCUGCCCCAUCUCCUAGAGACUGAGAGGACUCACUCAGAACAAGGACUCAAAAGCCUUGGGGAUGCCGCUGUGGUGGACCAGGCAGGCAGGGGGUGGGGGAGGAGGGCUGGGAACAGGAGCAGCCCACUCUGCAGAUAUGCAACCUGAGCUGCAAACCAAGAGGAGAGGCUCAUUUAGGAUCUGAUCUGUGAGUACAUUGGAAAGGAAAGAAAAAGGAUCUCAAGUCUGGUGAGAUAAUGAAAAAAAAAAUUGGAAGAGAGGACCAUGAGAAUUUUAAUAAAAUAAAAGGAUACUAAUGGACCUGCCAGGAUUUAUUGUGGACGGAUGUGGAUAUAUUCUGUACAGAAAACAACUCAUAUGGAAGUGGAC